AUGGCUUCUUCUUCUUCUCACCUUAGAAUCUUUUUUUCCUUUGUAUUAUUAUUUUCAUGGGCUUUGCUACUCUCACCGGCUGUGUCACAGUCAUCUUCUUGUUCGUCACAGACAUUUUCCGGCAAGAAUUCUUACCCUCACUGUCUUAACCUCCCUAACCUCAAAGCCAUCCUCCAUUACUCUUAUGACGCAUCUAACACAACUCUCUCCGUUGUUUUCUCCGCUCCACCGUCUAAACCCGGUGGUUGGAUCGCUUGGGCUAUUAACCCUAAAUCCACCGGCAUGGCUGGAUCUCAAGCCCUAGUCGCCUCUAAAGACUCCAAAACCGGCGUCGCCACGGUUACUACCUUCAACAUCGUCUCCUAUAGCUCGCUUGUUCCGGGGAAGCUUUCUUUCGAUGUGUGGGACGUUAAGGCCGAGGAGGAGGCGGCCGGAGAUUUACGGAUCUUUGCCAAGGUUAAAGUUCCGGCGGAUUUAGCGGCGAGUGGGAAGGUUAACCAGGUUUGGCAGGUCGGACCGGGAGUGGCAGCCAACGGGAGGAUACAGGCGCAUGAUUUCAAUCCUCCGAAUCUUAACGCCGUUGGAUCGCUUGAUUUAACCGGAGCCACCACUAACGUCCCUGUUUCCGGUGGUGGAGAAGGCAACUCUAGGGUUCAUAAGAGAAACAUCCAUGGGAUAUUGAACGCUGUGAGCUGGGGAAUUCUGUUUCCGAUCGGAGCAAUGAUAGCUAGAUACAUGAGAAUAUUUGAAUCUGCAGAUCCUGCUUGGUUUUACCUCCACGUGUCAUGUCAGUUCUCUGCUUACGUCAUCGGCGUUGCCGGAUGGGCCACCGGACUCAAGCUCGGCUCCGAGUCUAAAGGUAUUACAUUCAGCAGUCAUCGAAACAUCGGCAUUGCUCUCUUCGCUAUCGCCACUCUUCAGAUGUUUGCGAUGCUGUUGCGGCCAAGGAAGGACCACAAGUUUAGAUUCUUUUGGAACAUUUAUCACCAUGGAGUUGGAUACUCUAUCCUUAUCCUUGGAAUCAUCAAUGUUUUCAAAGGUCUUAGUAUCUUAAAGCCAGAGCAUACUUACAAGACGGCUUACAUCGCUGUGAUUGGGACCUUGGGAGGCAUUACUUUGCUCUUGGAAGCUGUUACUUGGGUCAUUGUCCUCAAGAGAAAAUCUGCCAAUUCAACAAUGCCUCCCAAGGCCUAA